AAUUAGUCACGCUUGCUUUCUUGUUCCGACUUUCUUAAACUCAAGCCUCAGCCUUGUUCAGACUGUUCGACGUCCUCGACGGUCAGAUUGCCCGUGUCCUUGCAUGGACUAUACAGCGUCCAUACCUUUCAGAUCUUCGUCGUCUGCCCCCGCCUCCUCAAGCGUGUCACCGUCACUCUAUCCCGUAUCAAUGGCCCCCGCCCCCGAAGAUCGCGAAUCACCCUCUUUGAGCAGCAGCAGCAGGGGCACACCAACCUAUAAUACCGUUGAUUUACCACGCACUCCUUCCGCAAGUAAAGGUGGCUGUUGGACGUGUCGUCUUCGCCGAAAAAAAUGCGACGAGCAGCGCGAAGGCGACUCAUGUCGCACCUGUGUACGUCUAACCAUCGAGUGUCUAGGCUGGGGUCCCAAACGACCGGAAUGGAUGCGCGACAAGCACGCUGUCGAGGCAUACAAGGCGAACAUCAAGGCAAAGCUGACUCGCGCCGGUCUCAUACGGGGGCAACCCCGGACUUCCAUGCUACAAGCGCAUGCAGCUAAGCCUGCCACAGGGUCGUCGCGGACAUCAACCUUCCAUCGUCUUUCGGCACUCUCUCCCAAGUCCCCCGAAAAAUCUUCCAGCACGGCCUCAUCAUUAGCUCUCGACGUCGACCCCCGACCCUUUGAUUAUCGUUUUGAUCAAUCUCGCCUGGGUGGAAUGCCGGGCAUGCCCGGCCCAUCAAACGGCUUUCAUCAACUCCCGGCAGCAUCCUACAGCGACUCUAAUGUCAACUCCAUGGAUUUCGGUGCAUCGAUGUACCAGUACUCACCACAGUCAUCGUCGGUCCACAGUGAACCCUUGGACUUCGAUAUGAGUCUGUACGUCGCAACAAACAGCAGUGACCAAUUCGACUUCAACAUCCGCCCCCCGUCUCCCAUACAAAGUUUCCCUCUACUUGCUGGCCAAAACUCCAUCCAAGAAAGCCACGUCAUGUAUUUCUUCGAACAUGUCAGAAAGACGAAUCUUCUUUUUUCCAGCAACGCGCUCACGAAUCUUACGUAUACCAUGAUCGUACAAGAACCUCGGGGGCCCGUUACUAAUGCCGUUUGCGCCUUAUCAAGUCUCCACUUCACACGAAUGCGUGUUGCGCAGGGCUUAGAGGCUCCAGAUCCCAAUCCGGAACACUCAACAGCGCAAUAUUUCCAUGACGAGGCUGUAUUUCAACUCGCUAGUGGGAAGCAGUCGAAAUCACGUCACGAUGAAAGCGAUGUCCUUGCCGCGUUGUACCUUAUAUGUUUUUCCCAGAUGGCAGGAAGUACCGUUGACUGGCCUCCUAUGCUGGCCAUCACCUUGGAAUGGAUGUCUCAGACGGGACUUCCAACUAGUGAGAACCCGAAGCUCGUCUUGACGAAUAUGAGUGCGUCCAGUCAAUUGAUCGUGAAAUGCACCAUGUGGAUGGAGAUCUUUGCUUCAUUUACAUUGAUGAAACAACCCAAGCACCUGGCACUGUACAGAUGUCUGCUUGGCGAUCAGAACGGAUUUUGGGGACACAUGCAAAGGAGUGACCUGGAUUUUCAAGGCCGAGGGCUUCAUAUGGAAAACCUGACCGGAUGUCCUGACGAAGCGAUGCUCGCCCUUGCUGAGAUAUCUGGGCUGGGCCAGUGGAAGGCAUCCGAGCAAGCGAAGGGAUCCCUGAGCUUCCGUGAACUUGUGCGGCGCGGCGAUGACAUAGAACAAAGACUGCGAAAUCGGCAACGCGAGCCGUCGAGUUUUGGCGAACAAACACCACUACACCCGAACCUGAUGCAAGCGACCAUGUCUGAUGCAGGAGUAAUAUCCUAUCCGGACGAGAUCAUGCAAUUGGUUGGAAACGUCUUUCGAGAGAGUGCACUAUUAUAUCUUCACACUACAAUCAACAAUGACAACCCAGCUGUACCCGAAAUCGCCGCCUCGGUUGAUUCAAUUAUACAGCUGUUCCAUCAAUUGGCACCCUCGGAGAUCGACCGGACUUUGGUAUUUCCUGUAUGUCUGGCGGGAUGUAUGACAGACAACUCAUCGCAUAGAGAAUUUCUAAAAGCGAGGCUGCAAUCACAGGAUGAGAGCAUCGGAAACUUGUUGCGAACGCGAUUAGUGAUGGAAGCUGUAUGGCAAAAACGCGAUACACGUAGUGGCCCAAGCGAAUGGAGAAAAACCUUGCGGGAACGGUGUCCUAAUUUGCUGCUGAUAUGA